CGGAGAAUGGGGCUGGACUUUCAGUCAGACAUCAGGAUCCUGACGCUUGACCUCCUGCCCAAGACUACUGAGUACCACGGGGGUGACCUUUUAGCACUACGUCUGUUGCUUCCCUUUCUUUUUAUGUGGCUGGCUGUCUUCACGUCAAAAUGGAUGGUUGAUGACGGCUUGUUGAAGUAUAAGUACUCCAUGACCCUGAUUGGCCUGAGCAGUACCGUCUACGUCAUGAACUGGCUGAUCGUCCGGUGCUUCAUGGGGACGUUCCCGACCUGCAUUGCGGCCUUCCAACUGACCCAUAAUAGAGCCAACGGCCCUAUUUUCGACUACGACCCCAUUUUGAUCUUUAUUUGGCUGAUGAUUACCAACGUAAACACGGUGUCUUUAGGUUUUGCCAUGUCCGUCGUAUUUCAAAGAGCAUGGUUUCCUACAACUAUGGCCGUGCUGACCUACCUGACGAUGUGUUUUGUAGCAACCUUUAUCAACCUAGUCAGGUCCCCACUACUGUCAAACUUGUUCGGUGUUUUUAUCUACUACACCGGUGUGGGGGUCUGUCUGGAGGCAAUGAUUGAGAAGAAAUACGGCCGUGAGGAGGAGACUACUCAGAAAAUUCCCGACAACCCAGACGAUUUCAUAUACCACUUCUCGUUCCUGCACGGGAUAACAAUGAUGAUCCUGAACACAAUCUUCAACGCCCUCUUAACGGGCUACCUAGUGGUCAUCUUACCCGAGGAUCAAGGCAAGCAGAAGUCUAUAUUUCACCUGUUCCAGUUCUGGUUCAAGCGAAAGACCCCCGUACUCCCAGAACCCCAUACCCAACACCCAAAGUGUAUUCAGAAAUCGACGCCAACCGAGACGGAGCUAAUCAAUGUCCGAAACUUAAUGAAGGUGUAUGACAAUGACGUCGUUCUUAGAGGAAUCAAUCUCAAUAUAAUUCAAGGCCAAACAACCGCUAUAGUGGGAGUUCUAGGAAGCGGAAAAUCAACGCUACUCUCUAUACUAUUAGGCUUGACCCCAGCUUCCUUUGGGGCAGUCUACAUAGACGGGGUUGACAUCACUAAAGACCUGUCCAGAAUCAGGUACGGGAACUUCUCGACCUGUCCACAAGAAAAUAUUUUCUUCCCAAAGUUGACGUGUCUGGAACACCUCACCUUUUUCUAUCAGCUACAGCACGAGUACACGAGCUACAUUGUAGCAGAGCUACAACACUUGCUCCAGCACGUGGGGCUGGAGGGGCGAGAACACUUGUACCCCACUAAACUCAAUUUAGGACAGAAAAGGAAACUCUCCAUUGCAAGCGCGUUUGCUGUGGAUAAAAAGAUAAUAUUUAUCGAUGAACCGACAUGUGGUAUCGAUCAUAAGGCCAGACGAGACAUUUGGAGGUUCCUGAAGACAGCCCAGAGCGGGAAGACUAUCAUCGUGGCUACGAACAGCAUGACGGAAGCCGGCAGGCUGGGUGACAGGAUCGCUGUCAUGAAGCACGGGGUCAUCCAGAGCUGUGGCACCACGACUUUCCUAGAUACUCUCUAUGGGACAGGCUAUACCCUCACCCUGGUGAAAGGUCCGAUGUUUAAUGAGGAGCUGAUAUACAAUAUUGUCAAACAUUGGCUGGAAGAAGCGUGCUUAAAAGAGGUCACCCUGACCAAGAUGAGGUUCCACCUGCCGGUCAAGAACUGCGGCCAGUUCCCUCGUCUCAUGGCAGCACUGCAAGAGAUCCUGGACAACCUGAUCAUCGACUCCAAGGAGAUAUCGGCAUUCACGUUUGAAGAAAUCUUACAGAGGGUCAACGAAGGCAUGUUACCAUCCAGCUCCGUCCCAAACCCCAAACCUCUACCGGAAUACGCAACGUCCCAGUUAAACAUUAAAUUUUCCGUCAACGACGUGGCGAACGAUUGCAAAAGAAGAAUAUCUCCAUCGCUGAGCAAAAGUCUGGACACGUACAUCAAAUCAUUCCUGACCGCUGAACCGGAAAAGGCGCCCCGCGAGCCGAGGGAGAGCUUAGAUUUUAACGAGUCUUCCCUGAAGUCGGAACAGGAAUUCAACCCGUCUACCCUGAACCGAAAGUCAGACACGGAAUUUAACCCGUCUUCCACGAUCCCAAAGUCGGACACGGAACUUCGCCACCUUUCCGUACACUGGAAGCUAGACACGGAUUUUAACGAAUCUUCCAUAAACCGAAAUACGGAGACGGAACUUAACCAGUCUAUCGUAAAAAGGAAGCUAGACGCGGAUUUUAAAAUGUCUUCCCUGAACCGAAAGUUGGACACGGAGUCCAAAGAAUAUUCCGUCAACCGGAAGUCGGACACGGAAUCAAACCAGUCUUCCCUGAACCGGAAGUCGGAAACAUAUUCCAAACAAUAUUCCGUCAACCGGAAGUUGGACACGGAAUCAAACCAGUCUUCCCUGAACCGGAAGUCGGAAACAUAUUCCAAACAAUAUUCCGUCAACCGGAAUUCAGACACAGAUUUUAACCAAUCUUCCCUGAAACGGAAGUCAGACACAGAUUUCAACCAGUCUUCCAUGAGUAACAGAUCAGAAACAGAUUUCAACCAGUCUUCCCUGCUGAAAAAGAGUCUCCGGUCAGCCUCCGAGUACAAAGCAGACGACUUCUCGCUGGUGGCCAACACCCGGAAGUCGUUCUUCAGCCAAGCGUACGCCAGUGAGCUCCUCCACCUCGACAGGGCGUUUUCGGAGACACUGAUCGACAAAACAGAAUUUGACUUUCACAUGCUCAACGAAGAGAAACACGAAGGUAUCCACCUGUUCUUCCAGCAAAUGAAAGCCAUAUUCAUCAAAAAGUGGAUUAUCUUCAAACGUAACAUCCUACUGACCUACAGGAUUAUAACCUUUCACAUAGCUCUAAUCUGCGUUGGCCUGGUCGUAGUUUUACUGACCACGCCCGAGCAAGAAGCGUUAACUGAGUUGAACUUUGAAAACGUACGCGCUAAAGCCACGAUCGUCCUUCGAAGACCUACCUUGAAAACAGAACCCAUAUUUUCAUAUUUCGUCUCCUGUUUGCCGGAGAGGUUUGAUAGGAUUCUAGUAGGCCAAAGAGAGAACUUUACAGAUGUACUUAACGCGUGGAUGGAGGUAAAGCAAGAUAAAGACAAGCCGCACUUGGUGCUUGGCGUGGAACUGCGCGCGCCGCCUGAGUACUCACGCCUGUACAGUGCUAGCUGCCACACCUUCAGUCGGGCUAUAGCGCUCCAGUGUCUACUCAACGCCCACAUGCAGCUGUACUUUGGGAGUGACCACACCAUCACGACCUACGUCCGAACGUUCGUAUCCCACGAGAGGGGAACACACUACCACAUAGACCUGCAGUUCCCUGUGGCCCUGAGGAACAUGUACCUCUCAGCCUGGACAAUCAGCAUCGCUGUGUGGGUUGUUGAAUCUUUCUUCCUCAGCAAAGUUGUCUACGAAUGUUGUUUGGGCUUCAAACAUCUACAAUAUAUCAGCGGCAUUCAUGCGUGUCGCUACUGGCUGACGCACUUCCUGUUCGACUUCCUGCUCUGCCUGCUGAUUGUCAUGGUCCAGUCGGCCUGCGCCCUGAUACACCCAGCCAUGCAUGGCCCCAGCAUCGUCCAUCUGGCAGUGGUCCUGGUCAUGUUCAUGUUCAGCAUCCUGCCUUACUUGUAUAUGCUUCAGGGUGUUUUUAAAGGGCCCGAGGUCGCUUUGUUGCAAACCUUUGGUGUUCUUCAGCGCGUCUAA